AUGAGCCGAAUAAGACUGCUGUUGACCGUCUGCUUCAUUUCAGCAUGGCGGGUUAUUGGUCAAGGAGACGCGAACAACACGAAUGACGAACCUUCCAGGAAUAGCAACACUGAUGCCAUUUCGGAAUAUGGUGGUUCGGCGGUGAUACCGUCGGAUACCGGUGCCGACAAUGAAACAACACCCACCUCAGAUACCCCUGAUGACACUACCGGUACCAGUCGAAAGGAAUGCCGAGAACUAUUGCCAGGAAACUUUAUACAAGGAGGCAUCAUCAAUGGCACCAAGGUCUCCCUGCUUUUGGCGUUGCCCUUAACCUAUCAAGGCAGCCCUUACUUGAAUCCUGGGUUCUAUCAGUUGGCAGCUUCCAUUAUGGCGAUCAAUCACUUUAAUGCACGAAACAUUGCCAUAGUUCCUGAAUUGGCGUCUCCUCAGAUGCAACACUGUCCUAUUGAGAUAGAUUUUGAAUCGCUGCUGUUGAUGGACACUGGGACUGUGGAGAGCAAUGCCAUGAACGCAGUGUGGGAACGAUUUCAGAGUGCUGACGGCACGCCAUUGCCCAGUGCCAUUGUGGGGCCCUACAAUGUGAUUCCCGCGAAUGAGCUUAGUGUGACGGCCACCACGCUCCGGAUACCCAUGAUAUCCCAUCGAGGGAUUGACCACAAUUUACAUUUACCAGAGAAGCAUCCGUUCGCCAACCAGAUAAACGCAGAUCUCUAUUCCGAUGUUGAGUUCUUGAUCGAUUAUCUUGUUCGCACUGAAAGAACGAAUUUCAUUACAAUUCUCUACGACGCGUCGUCGGAUAAUGCCGUGAAACGAGUGGAAGCCUUCAGAGUGGAGGCCAGUAGGCGAGACAUGACACGCAUCGAGGCAUUCGGAUACGUUUCCCCAACAAUAUCCUUGGACGUUUCUGACUAUUAUGGAGACAGAGCCAUACUUGCUGCCUUGGAGCAGGUUAAGGCUACAGGAUUCCGAACAAUUGUCUGGAUCACGCCAGAUUUUGAUGGCGAAUUCCUUGAUACGGGCCAUGCUGCCCAUGAGUUGCAACUGGAUCAAGGCGACCAUCUCUGGGUCAUUCCCAACAUCUGGGACCUGGAUGGGCCAUUCAAUCAAACCAAUUUGUCCAGAAUCUUCAUGCUCGACGAACAUGAGCAGCAGGAUGUAUCGUUCCUCCAAAAUGCAGCGUAUCUCAAGUCGGGUGAACUUUUCCAUAACGAUACAGCGGAAGACCACUCUUCGUCCUUCCUGGAAGAGUGGAUGGGCCUGAACGACACUUUCAUAGAGCAACUGUUGGCAAUCAAUCCGAUCAAGGCGCACGAGUACGAGGAAGAAUGGAACCAGGUUUUGAAAUUCGGGCUUUCUAUUGGUUGGUUUAGCGAAGACGAUAUCCCAGAUGGUGACUUCCCUCCAAGCGAUUUGUUUGCGAGGCCCCUGAAUUUCACUUCGAUGCCAAGCUCUGGGACCGUCAACGUGUACGACGCCAUAAUGGCUGUCGGAAUUGGAGCUUGCAAUGCAUUGAAUAUGACCGAAGCGAAAGCGCCUGAUGCAACAGUGCAGAUUGGCAACACUAGGGUGCUCGUUGGAGAUGUCCUGCAGGAUGCGAUUCGUUCGUCUACGUUUCAUGGUGCCUCGGGAAAAGUACUGUUCGGAGAUGUAUUUCCAGGCAACCGGGUGGGCAGUACGGUUCCUUACGUUGUAACCAAUUUAUUCCCAGAUGGAUUCGAGGGGGAAUUGUUCAGAUUUACUGACGUUCGUAUGCCAGGUGGAGAAUGGCUCGAAUUUAAUCAAUUCAUCUAUGUCAAUGGGAGCGCUGUUCCCCCGCUCCCGCUGCGUGAACCAGCUGAUCAGAACUACUUGAGCCCUGGUUUGCAAGCCAUGGGAUUUGCGAUGAUGGGCAUAGCUUUGCUGGCAAUUCUGAUCUCUGUGGUGUGGAUAUUUGUCUACUGGAAUCAUCGAGUAGUUGCAGCCUCGCAGCCGGUCUUCUUGUUGUACAUGCUUGCCGGUGCCACAGUUUCAUCGCUGGCCAUUAUUACAAUAUCGUUCGACGAAAGUGAUGGUUGGAGCGCGGAACAACUGACAGGACUGUGCCUGGCCGCUCCUUGGUUUGUUUUUAUGGGACAAAUGGUCACGUACAACGCAUUAUUUACAAAGAUGUGGAGGGUGCACGAAGUGCUGCAGUUCUCCAGGAGACAAGUAAAGAUUUCUCAUGUCAUUUGGCCAGCUCUGUUAUUGGAGGUUUUGGCUGUAGUUCUCCUUUCAGUCUGGACUGCCACAACGAACUAUGCAUGGGAUAGGGUAGAAAUUGAGGAGACGACGGGGGAAUCAAUUGGACUCUGUACUGGAGAUGCCAACUACGGUUUUUGGAUAGGGGUUGCAUUGGUCACAUUUAUAUCAAUGCUCCUUACAGGAAUCUUUGCUUGGAAGACUAUGGACGUCGACGAGUCGUACUCGGAAGCAAAGUGGAUUUUUGGUCUCAUGCUACUCCAAACCCAGGUCAUCCUGGUUGGUGUUCCGACUGUUGUAAUCCUUGAAAGUGUUUCCUCUGAUGGGCGAUACAUCGGAUCUGUUAUGAUGUGUUGGUCAUUCCCAAUGACGGUUUUCGGAUUGAUCAUGGUGCCGAAGAUGUAUAAGGUCCACUUUCCAUCAAACAAACAAGAGUUGAGGGGCACGAUUGCUGGUGUGAAGGUCUCUGGAGUAUCUUCUUCUUCGCCUCACGCAUCGAUAGUUGACAGGGGCUCUUCGGCGCACCCCGUUGACAGGGAGUCUGUGGUAAACCAUCUUCAGAGGUAUUCUACCGCUGGCAGAGAGUCAGCUCCUCACUCUCAGGUGUCUGGAGGUUAA